GUAUAACGGUCACUACGUCCAGGCUCGCACACCUCACUUUUGGUCUCCUGUACACCUGCAGCUACAACUUCUGUUCCUUGACCAGCCUCGAGCUCAGCUCUGUGACCCACCAUUCUUGAACAAGACACAGAGUGCCUUACCUGCGUCAGCACUGGACCAAGACUUCCCAUGGCAGCUUCUCAGAGCACUCCUUGGAAAUUGAUCAGUGGCGUCUUAGGAGUAAUGUGCCUUUUGUUGAUGUCUACUUUGGCAAUUUUGUUGAGAAAUUCAUUCACUAAAAAAAGUAUUCAGCCAGCAUUGUCUCCAGGAUCCACCAUAGGUCUCCAGGGAGGCUCUGGCUGCUGUUCUUGCCAUGAAAAGUGGAUUGGGUACCAGUGCAACUGUUACUUCAUUUCUAAUGAAUUAAAAAGUUGGGCAGAAAGUAGGAAUUUCUGUUCUUCUCAGAAUUCCAGUUUACUUCAGAUGCAAAAUGAAGAUGAAUUGCAUUUUAUGAACUCCAGUAAAUAUUUUUACUGGAUUGGACUCCAUUACAGUGAAGAACAAAGCGUCUGGGUGUGGGAGAACGGCUCUGCUCUGUCCCGAGAUCUAUCUCCAUUGUUUCGAACUGUAAAUACAAAGAACUGCAUUACAUACAGUGCAAGCAAAAACGUUUUGGGUGAACCCUGCAAAAAAGAGCAUCGUUUUAUCUGUAAGCAACAGCUUUUUAAAGAUGUUUCCAGGAGCGAGAAGGGUGCAAUGAAGGUCCAGUAGUAAUAAGAAUGUACCUUUGCUUCUUACAGUAUAGCUAAUUAUCUACUUCUGGUAUCUGUAAAAUGUUUCAAACUGUGUCUUAUACAAUUUUCAUACAUUUGAAACCACAAGUUUUAAAGUUGAUGAAGUUUGUACACCUACACCUGAAAUUAUAAAGCAUCAACAAAAGAAUGUCAUUAAUGUUGACUUAAUGCAUGUGUUCACUGGUGAGUUUAGCAUAUUUGUAUGCAUCUAUUUUUAUACACUUUCUCUGCAGAAAUUCAAAUAAAACAAUUCACACCAAAUAA